UCCAGAAAUGCGGAUUGCAGAGAAGGCAGGUCGUUGAUAAUUGACCUAGGAUAUGACCAAUGGGCUACCAGAAGUAUUUGACCGACUUUCCAGUAGCCAAUAGAAAGAGUCUUGCGCAUCGGCCUCCUUCACCUUGCUCCGCCCGUGUGACGUCGUGCGCGGCCUUAGGCCGUGGCGGUGAAUUUGACUUGGUUGUGGAGGGAAUCGCAGGAUCUCUGAGUGAAGAGCGGUUUUGAGAUCGUAUUUGAGCCGGCAGUGACAUAGGGGCGUUAAUGGUAGGUACUACAAAUGGAUGCAGCAGCUGGAGAAUUGAAGCAAGCUUUACCAUCUUUUGAAUCAAUGCAAAUACAUGUGGAAGUCUGUGUUAAACAGAACAGUACUGUGAAGCAAGAAGAUGUGCAUUUGAGUGUACUGCAGUUGCUAAGUAGGCACCAAGUAGUGUUCGGAGAUUAUGUAUGGAUGCAAUUUGAUGAUGAAUUUCUGGCAAGGAAUGUAAAUUCUGUGAGCAUUGUAGACACGGAUCUUACAAUUAAGGAAAGACAGCCUAUUGACCUGACAAAAUCCAAUCUUUCAAUUUAUAUAUUUCGUCUGAAUGAGGAAGGUCCAUCUCCAGAGAUUCUGGAGGGGGAAGAGGAGAAUAUGCCAGCAUCAAACAACUGGCUCCUACCUGCUGGUGAAUUUCAUGGACUCUGGGAGAGCUUGGUAUAUGAUAGUGAGAUUAAAUCACAAUUACUUGACUACGUCUCAACCACCUUGCUGUUUUCUGACAGAAAUGUUGAUAGCAAUCUGAUUGCUUGGAAUCGAGUGGUGCUGCUCCAUGGUCCUCCAGGAACUGGGAAAACAUCUUUAUGUAAAGCACUGGCUCAAAAACUUACUAUUCGAUUUUCUCACCGAUACCGGUAUGGACAGCUAAUAGAAAUCAACAGCCAUAGUCUCUUCUCCAAAUGGUUUUCUGAGAGUGGAAAACUCGUUUCAAAGAUGUUUCAAACUAUUCGGGACUUAAUAAUGGAUACAGAAUCCCUUGUAUUUGUUUUAAUUGAUGAGGUUGAAAGUUUGACAGCAGCCAGGAAUACUUCAAAGGCUGGCACAGAGCCAUCUGAUGCCAUUCGAGUAGUUAAUGCUGUAUUGACACAAAUAGACCAGAUCAAAAGAUUUCCUAACGUGGUAAUUCUAACAACGUCAAAUAUCACAGAAAAGAUAGAUUUGGCUUUUGUGGACCGAGCAGAUAUCAAGCAAUACAUUGGGCCACCAUCUGCAGCAGCCAUCUUUAAAAUCUUCCUCACUUGUUUAGAAGAACUGAUGAAGCGGCAGAUCAUCUACCCCAGACAGCAACUGCUGACCCUGAGAGAAUUGCAGAUGAUCAGUUUCUUGGAAAAUGAUGUAUCAAGGUUAAGUUUGGCACUUAAGAAUAUUGCAGCGAAAAGUGAAGGACUUAGCGGACGAGUUUUGCGAAAGUUACCCUUCUUAGCUCAUGCACUGUUCAUUCGGUCAUCAUCCGUAACAGUGGAGAAGUUCCUUGAAGCUCUAUCCAUGGUGGUGGACAGGCAGUUUGAAGAAAAGAAGAAACUAAACUAUAUUAACAGCAAGGCUGAGUGCUUUCCUUGACUACAAAUAUAUUUGUGUGGCAUAAUUUUUAAGAAUUGGUAAUAUUGCCUUCAAUAAGCACCAUUUUAUUUUGUAUUACAGUAGAGGUGACUGAUGAUUCAUAUGUAUGUUGUUUCUUUCCACACUAGUAAACAAUGUUUCUGUGAAAUUGCACGUGAUAAUUUUUCAAACCCAUAUUGCAGUUACUAGCCAAAUACCCAGAAGUUUUCCUUUAAUCAUUGUGUUUCAUCUGCCACACUUGCCAAAGCUACAUAGAAUUUACAACACAUAAACAGUCCAUUUGGCAGCAGUAAUUUAUUAUGCUGGUGCUUGUUCUCUGCAUGAGCUUGCACAAUCCAGCAUGUCAGCAUUUCAUUCUAUUAUUUUCUGCCUAAUGUACUCAUCUACAUUCAUUCAGCAAUGUCAUGUAUUAAUUACUACCUUAAAAUUAAAGGAACAGAAUUUGUUGGUUGCAAAUACUCAGCCCAUGAUGAAAUUUGGCCAAGGAUUAAAAAAGUGUUCUGUAUUUUCAGGCAAUGACAGUGCAAGAUGCUUUUACACACAUUAACUCUCAUAUUUUAUCUAAUAUCUGGUUCUACUUUUAUUAACUGGAUGAAGAGAUCCAGUGUGAAUAAAAGUCAUCUUCAAUAGUGAGAACAGAACAGGAAAACAUUUUCUUGUGGUUUUUAGAGCAACAUUUGUUUUUCUUUUCCUAUUGAAUAUCUACUUCAAGCAUUAGGCGGUGUCAGCUAUCAAUUUAUAAUACAUUUACUUGCAUGGUAGGGCCAUGACAUGCCAUCAUCUCCAAUAACUUGUAAGUUGCACUUCUGUAUUGCAUAUCACAGCUGAUCCAGGUCAAUAAUAUUAAGAUUAUAUACUCUUAGGUAUAUAUUUUUAAGAUGUGCUGCAGCAUAAUGAACUUAAAUAGAACAUGUAGAAUGGAAACAAAUUGAUCAGACUGAUCUAUGGUGAUAUUUAUGCUCUGCAUGAGUCUUUUUCAACCUUUUUCCAACCCUAUCAGACUAUCCUAUUCUUUACUCAGUUAUAUCCUAUUGAGUGCAUCUAUAAUACCCAUCUCAGUUCCUCAUUGUGAUGGUAUGUUACACACUUCAGUCAUUCUCUGGGUAAAGAAAUUUCUUUUGAAUUCCCUACUGACUUCUCUCCAAGAGAUUGCUCUUCAUUUGGCCUCCAAGAGAUUGGCUGUCCCAUUUCCCCAUAAGCAGAAAGAUUCUCUAAUAAUUUGUAGGGGCUUGCUGACAUUAUUAACAGUACAUAAUUUGAUGAACAGUGCGCAAGAUUUCCUCUAUAUUCACACCAAAGGAAAUCCCAAGUGAUUUCUGUAGUUGAACUUGAACUUGAUGAAUCUUUUCAAGGAUUCGAGCACAUUGAAUCAAGCGGCAGAUUCUAUUCCUUUUAUAUUUGAGUAGUAAUCUCAUAACCAUAAUGCUUAGAAUAGAGAUGAUGACAUUCGGGGAGGUGAGGGGUGUUUUUAAUUAAUAAAAUCUGUUUAUAUUUAAACUCUUGUGCAAAAUCUGGACUGACUAAAAUGUUCUCAAGUUUUGAACUUGAGUUGGGAAUAUGCUUGAAAAAAUUGUAAAAUAUCAAGGAAUGAUGUGAGGUUUUAUAACAAAGUUUAGGUGAAUUUUCUACAUGUUUUACCAUACUGACUAUAUUUAAGUAUUCAUGGUACAAUAAUUAGCUGAAGAAGGCUUAAACCCAAAAACAAAGGACUCCCAACACGUUCUUCAUGUAAUUUAAUUUUUUUUUAGUUGUGACUGAGGUAUUUUUAAGAAGGGAUAAUCCCAGUUGUUCUGUUAUACAAAUGUUCACUCUGAGGAUCACUGUAUUUUAUUUUGUACAUUGUUACUUGUAAAAUAUGAUGCAAUAAUGACAUUAUUAAAGUAGAUAAUUUCUUGAGGAUAAGCAGUAGAAUUAUCCCAAGCUUUCUAUACAUCUCACAGUUUAUCUUUAAAUUGUUGCCAAAAAUGUUGAUAUGUUACUUGCAUUUUGUACUAAGUAAGUUAAUUAUUGAUACAUGUUAUACUGUCUGAUCAUAUGGUGGUACCAUGAUUAAAAAUGUAAUUGAAGACGAUAAAGUGAAACUACAUAAACUGUCUUUAUCCAUGCAGUAUUAUGUUGGGGAACCAGAGCCAUAUUCACAAAAUAAAUUAUUUUCAAAAUGGAAAAUUUGAUUUGACUUUCCACAACUGAAUAUUUUUUGUGUGUGGGAAAUUUGAUUUUUCACAAGUUGUGGUAUGUUUGGGAAGGACUGUUUGUGUAACAAGUUAACUUGUAAUUUUUUAUGUGCAAUGUUGUGGGAAUUAACUUCCAUUUAUUCCACUAAUACACUAUUUUUCAAGAUAUUCAGGGGUGUGUUUUCACAGAAUGUUAGCAGGUGUUGAGAUGAUUGCUCUUAGCAUGUUUCUGAUUGCAUGUUUUGCAUCUGACUGUUUUCCAAUAUGUUUUGAUAAAUUAAGAAUAUCAAUAAAAAAAGACAAAAAAA